GAUUAUACAAGAGAAAAGUACCUUUUGCAAGACUUCGCAAAAAAGAUUGAGCCAGGAAAUAAAGAAAAAGGAAGAGAACAACAACAACUACCCAGCAUAACAAACUUACAAAAAAAUGUAGACCUCGAUGAAACCUGGGAAAAAAUACAAAGAGCAAUUCAAAAAGUGGCAAAAAGUACACUAUCUAAAAAAGAAAAGACGCCUAAACUUCAAGACCACCAAAUUGAAAAUGAGGAGCUGAAGAAUUUGAGGAAAGAUAUAAAAGUAAUGGGAAAAUGGUGUCGUAAGCUCAAAAAACCCUCACAUUUCGAGAAAAAACAAACUCAUAUGAAGAGCAG